GUCAUCUGAGGCGAGGGAUAGAGAGCAUACAUAGAGAUUAUGGAGACAGGGAACUUCCCAAGCUGUACUCAGACCUCACCCACUCAGAAGACUGGAACCCAGACCAGCAACUCAUGGUAGUUUAAAGCAUUAGCUAUUAGCCUUUCUCAAGUUGCACUUAAGACUUAAAGACCAUCUGAGCUCUUGUCAAGAACAUAAAAAUUUAAGUCCGGAGCGUGGCUGCGUCCCGGUCACCGGAAGAAGCCGUGUGACGUCACGAGGGCCUACGCGUCGCGCGGGGGGCAGGAGUUGACGGACGGUCUCUGGCUACGUUUGGGCGGCCCUGGGACCACGGAAGAGGCUCUCCUGGGCGGCCGCGAUGCCUAGCUCGCGGCGGGUCAGUCAGCUUCUGGAUCUAUGCCUGUGGUGCUUCAUGAAGAACAUUUCCAGAUAUAUCACAGACAUUAAGCCUCUGCCUCCCAACAUAAAAGAUAGACUGAUUAAAAUAAUGAGUAUCCAGGGGCAAAUAACAGAUUCAAAUAUAAGUGAGAUUUUACACCCUGAAGUCCAAACUCUAGAUCUGCGAAGCUGUGAUAUUUCAGAUACUGCUCUCCUGCACCUGUGUAACUGCAGAAAACUAAAGAAAUUAAAUUUAAGUUCCUCAAAAGAAAACAGGAUUUCCAUAACUUCAAAAGGAAUAAAAGCUGUGGCUUCCUCUUGUUCAUACCUGCAUGAAGCUUCUUUGAAAAGAUGCUGCAAUCUCACUGAUGAAGGAGUCCUUGCUCUUGCACUCAACUGCCGGCUGCUAAAGAUCAUUGAUUUAGGUGGCUGUUUAGGUAUUACUGAUGUGUCCUUACAUGCAUUAGGAGAAAACUGCCCAUUUUUGCAGUGUGUUGAUUUUUCAGCUACUCAGGUAUCUGAUGAUGGUGUGGUUGCACUUGUUAACGGAUCUUGUGCCAAGAAAUUAGAGGAGAUUCAUAUGGGACACUGUGUGAAUCUGACUGAUGAGGCUGUAGAAGCUGUCCUAACUUGCUGUCCUCAGAUACGUAUAUUACUCUUCCACGGAUGCCCCCUAAUAACAGAUCAUUCACGAGAAGUCCUGGAGCAAUUAGUAGGCCCAAACAAACUAAAGCAAGUGACAUGGACUGUUUAUUGAUGCUUAUUGAAGCUUUUCAAAGCAAGGAUCUUUAUACUACAUUCCCAGGAAACAAUGGUCUUAGAGAUUGGCUUUCAGAUAAUGUGCUUUUUGCUUUGAAGUUAACAGACCCUUAAACAUUUAAUAGUGCUAUUGUGUUUGUUUGCAGAGUCAUUUGUUUUUGACAUGGUAAGCCUAGCAUGCCCUCUGAUGUAUUGGGGUGGGGGGGGGGGCGGGAGGGGAAUAUUGUGUUUGUUUCUUAAAUAACAAAGUUUUAAAUUACCAGUUUUUCCUGGAGAUUUUCUUCUCCUACCUACCUAGUUGAGCUGCCAUAAGAGAAAUUUACCAGUAUGAAUAACUACUAGGAGAAUUCUUAGUAUCUCUAAAAGCGUAAUUACCUUCCUACUUAUUUUCUGGCCCCUACUUUCCUUAAGUAUUUAAAUGCUCAUUGGCCAAAAAGCAAAGCUGAACAUCAGGCCUAUAUAUCCUCACAGAAUUUAAUAUUUCAAUAAAACAAAGAAAUAGAAUAGUUUACUGUCAUAAACCCAUGACAUCAUCCAACUCAGCCAUUCAGAAUAUAAAUGUUACUGAGACCCUUGCCCAGCCACUUCAUUAAUUGUCAUGGCUACUUUUCCCAAAUACAUGCUAUUGAUCUAUGAAACUUCCUCCUUAACAACUGCAUUCAGGAAAGCGGAAGAAUGAGUAAAUAGAAAGUAUCAAUAUAGAGGCUGUUUUCUAAAGAUCUGUCAGUUUCAUAUCCUGAACUAAACAACACAGAUCUUAGUUUUCAAAUGAAUUGCAUUACUCUUUUAUAAUCAUGAAAUUCUCUGAAGUAUAUAUAGUGUGCUUAAACCAUCCCAAAUUUAGUAUAUUCCCUGUGCCAUGAGAUUGUCUCAGUAGGACUUUUU